AUGGCUCAGCCCUACCCCCCGGCCCAGUACCCCCCGCCCCCCCAGAACGGCAUCCCCGCAGAGUACGCGCCGCCGCACCCCCACCCCACGCAGGACUACUCGGGGCAAAGCACAGUACCGGAGCACGCCAUGACCCUCUACACACCAGCACAGAGCCACGCCGAGCAGCCGGGCACCGACGCCAGCACACAGUCCAUAGCAGGGACGCAGACGGUACCGCAGACAGACGAGGCGGCACAGACAGACAGCCAGCAGCUACAUUCCUCAGACAACACAGACAAGCAGCAGCCCAAGAGGUUACACGUCUCCAACAUCCCCUUCCGAUUCCGGGACCCCGACCUGCGGCAAAUGUUUGGGCAAUUCGGGAAGAUCCUUGACGUGGAGAUCAUUUUCAACGAGCGGGGCUCCAAGGGUUUUGGGUUUGUAACUUUUGAAACUAGCACAGAUGCCGACCGGGCACGAGAGAAGCUGAAUGGCACGAUCGUAGAGGGCCGGAAGAUUGAGGUGAACAACGCCACGGCCCGGGUCAUGACAAACAAGAAGGCUGCAAACCCCUACACCAACGGCUGGAAGCUGAACCCGGUGGUGGGAGCUGUCUACGGCCCCGAGUUCUACGCAGUAACGGGGUUCCCGUACCCUGCCACGGGGACGGCUGUGGCCUACCGAGGGGCGCACUUACGGGGCCGAGGACGCGCCGUCUACAACACGUUCCGGGCUGCGCCCCCGCCGCCGCCCAUCCCCACCUACGGCGCGGUCGUCUACCAGGACGGGUUCUACGGAGCUGAGAUCUACGGGGGCUAUGCCGCCUACAGAUACGCCCAGCCCGCAGCAGCAGCAGCAGCAUACAGCGACAGUUACGGCAGAGUGUACGCAGCUGCAGACCCGUACCACCACACCAUCGGCCCCGCCGCCACGUACAGCAUCGGCACCAUGUGAAACUGCAGCCGUUUCCUUCUGGGACCGGGAAGGGCG